CCAAAAUAUCGGGUAUUACCGUCCGGGAUAAAUACUAGCGAAGUAAAUAUAUUAAUGAAAAUUACAAUCUAGUUUUCGACAUAUGAAAUUUCAGGUGUCAGCCGUUCGUGGAUCUAAGACAAGUGUUUAAUCCGGACUGGAAGCAGUUUGAAUCAGAUCACUUUACAGUGAAACACGGGAGACGAAGCUGACUGUAAGAUAUUAGAGGCAUUCGCUAAACAAUUCGUUCAUGGACAGAGAUAGCUCCACUGAGUACAGCCAAGCUGACAGGCGGAAAAUUGAAGAGCUGAAAGAUGAACUUAAGAACCAUGUCUCAGAUGUUAAAUUCAAUUUUGGACCGGAACUUGAAAAGUUAACCGAGGUUGGUAGCACGAUAUUUGAUAUCCAGGAGGUGACUGGCAAGAUAAAAUCCACUAUUGAAAAAUUGAAUUUACCAGAGAAAGAGAAAUAUGAAGCCAUAAACAAACAACAAAUUGAAAUAAUAGAAGAGAUGGAGAAACACAUUAAACGUCUGGACGAAUCUCUGAAAAAGGAAACGGAAGAUCUCAACUCUCUUAGAAACGAGAUAAGAAACAUGAAGCCAGAAGACCUUUACAAGAUGAAAGCGACAAUCGAUAAAAUAGACGUAACAACUGGUGAGACAAAAGUAAUAGUGAAGCAGAACAGAACCAGCUUAACAGAACUUUUGGCGUUGGCAGACGACAUUCAAAGGCCAAACGCUGAACAUCUGCCACGACAUAUACGUGGAUUUGCAGGUCGCAUCGAAAAGAAAAUCACUAACAUGGAUAUAGCAAAGAAACUUGGAUGUGAGCUGGGAUUAAAUUCCACAAAGGUAGAAACGCUCGCUCGUGAUUCUGUCGAUGCCAAUACACUGUUCUGGAAAGAGCUGUAUGAAAGACAACUACCAGGCAGACCACUGACUAUCGGGCUUUUGAUUUCAGCUGGCCAGAGGGCUGGCAUUGAAUCAGUACAAGACGAUCUAAUGUCUCCAAGACACGCGGAGGCGAUAGAAAAUUCGUACAUCAGACUUCAAAAAGACAUCCGUGUAAAGGAUGUUCUUCCAUUCCUGCGUAACCGCGGCAUAAUGUCACGGGAGGACAUCGACUACAUUACCGAGCCCAAGACUGACCGAGAGCAGUUUAAAUGCCUUGUUGACAUCCUGCCACUUUUUGGAAAGAAUGCUUUUGACUACUUCGUGGAUGAUUUAAAGAAAUCGGGCCAUGAACAUCUAGCUGACAUUUUAACAAAUGAGUUGGAAGACCUUUCGAGAGAGUCCGACAUCAGCUCUGCAGUAGAAAAUGAUAUCGGCUUUGAAGUAGAAAAUGGUGUUGGCUUUGAAGCAGAAGAUGGUGUCGGCUUUGAAGCAGAAGAUGGUGUCGGCUUUGAAGCAGAAGAUGGUUUCGGCUUUGAAGUACAAGAUGGUGUCGGCUUUGAAGUACAAGAUGAUGUCAGAUUUGAAGCAGAAAAUGAUGUCGACUUUGAAGCAGAAAAUGAUGUCGACUCUAAGAGAAAGUGAAUUUAUGAUGUUCUGCACUCUACUUAACCUGGAUACUCUUUGUUCCCAGAUUGUGGAUUAAGUUCAACAACAAAGCACUAGUUUCGGUGUUAGAAAUUGUAUUUCAGGAUCGUACCUAGCCCAAACUGACCAGGUAAAGAAAGCACCAGGAUAAUACAGUCUUCUCCAGUUAGUCAAAAAUGGACCUUGUUUCCUUCCCUCUACUAGGUACGGCCCUGUAUUGGAUUAUUUGGUAAUCAAUUCCUCAGUAAUUUGUCUGUUAGAUUAACAUUAUCUCACACUACUUGUGAUUAUUUAUAAAUCAAUAAACAGAGUAUUGCGAGUACCUAAAUUAAUUCAGUCUUAUGAAAGGCUAGUGACAACUGAUUUGCAGCCAUAGGCGUAUGGUCUCUCUUUUUUGUAUGGUGGGGUGGGGGGAGGGGCUGCCUGAAUGUUUGCCCGAAUUAAACAAAAAUGCCUACAUUUACUAAUAUUAGCAUUACUACCAAACGGCUAUGUAGUGUUGCAAACAAAUCACUAUGCAUUUUUACAUGUAUCACAACUAAUGAUGUGAUUAGAAUGAUGAAAAUACAUGGUGAAAGGGUUUCAGGUCUACUAAUUUUGCCCGAAUAUCCCUAUCGUUUUUGCCCGAAUUGAGGAUUUGCUCCAGGAAUGACUGCUAUACCAUGUUCUAUGGCUGCACUUUACGCGGAGAUAAAUACAGGCCCUCAGUGUUGUAACACUAUUUGUUUAUUUCCAACUAACAAUUUUGUCUCAUAAAUAUAUAUAUAUUUUAUCUACAGCUCAUUACUCUGGAAUAAUACAAAUCAACUGACGAUGGUCGUAUGCUAUACGGAACAGAACAGAACAGAAUUUAUUUACACUUAGGCCGUUCAGCAACGGCAUAGGAGGGCUACAUAAUAUAAAGGAAUAUAUAUAUAUAUAUAUAUAUAUAUAUAUAUAUAUAUAUA